AUGCGUCCCUCGCCCGCCCUCCUCAGCCGAGCCACCUGGAAGGGUCCCUACAUCACGGCCUUCCCCUCGCUGCAGCAGGCCCUCCGCGACAACACCCCCAUCUUCACCAAGUCGCGUGCCUGCACCAUUGUGCCCAACUUUGUCGGCCUCCGCUUCAUGGUCUACAACGGCAAGGACUACCUCCCCGUCAACAUCUCUGAGGAGAUGGUCGGCCACAAGCUCGGCGAGUUUAGCAUUACCCGCAAGCGUUUCUCGUACAGGUGCGUAGCGUGCUGGUGUAUGGGUCUUGAACGGCCUGGAAGAGGGACAGGUUCAGGCAUUUGGGUGUUGAGAAUGGUGUUGGAAGCCCACGCUACGUAA